AGGCAACAUACGUUGGGCGGUGACAAUGAAAACUGGGGCGGAGCUUUAUUGAAGAACGGGCAGCAGGAGUGGCCACGCGGGGCUGGCCUUCUCAAACACCGCAGGGAUUGAAGCGCAGCUGCAGUCUGGGUAUUAGUUGCAGACUUUCACAUUAGCCCCUCGCGCUCACCGGUCCACCGGGUGUUUUUUUUCCCACUGUGACUCGGUACACGGUUGCAGAAGAUGCCUGACGCCAACUGGAAGCCUUUCGUUUUCGGCGGGCUCGCUUCCGUGACGGCAGAAUGCGGGACCUUCCCCAUCGACCUCGCCAAGACGCGGCUCCAAAUUCAAGGCCAAGUCGGCGACAGCAGAUACCGAGAGAUCCGGUACAGAGGCAUGCUCCAUGCUCUAGUGAGGAUAGUAAGAGAGGAGGGGCUCCUCGCGCUGUAUUCGGGAAUAGCUCCUGCUAUGCUGCGACAGGCCUCCUAUGGAACCAUAAAAAUUGGCACAUAUCAGAGCUUGAAGCGGCUGCUUGUUGAUAGACCAGAGGACGAGACAUUGCUGACUAAUGUGAUGUGUGGUGUUCUCUCUGGAGUCAUCUCGUCCUCCAUCGCCAACCCCACGGAUGUGCUGAAGAUCCGCAUGCAGGCUCAGGGAAAUGUGAUCCAAGGCAGUAUGAUGGGCAACUUCAUCAACAUUUACCAGCAGGAGGGAACAAGAGGACUGUGGAAGGGCGUCUCUCUAACGGCUCAGCGGGCAGCCAUCGUGGUCGGGGUAGAGUUACCGGUGUACGACAUCACCAAGAAGCAUCUGAUCCUGUCGGGUCACAUGGGAGACAAUGUAUACACACACUUUGUUUCCAGCUUUGCAUGUGGUCUGGCGGGGGCUUUGGCCUCCAACCCGGUGGACGUAGUCCGGACACGCAUGAUGAACCAGAGAGGAGCAGCUCUGUACCAAGGAACACUGGACUGCAUACUGCAGACGUGGCGCUCCGAGGGCUUCAUGGCUCUCUACAAGGGUUUCUUCCCCAACUGGCUCCGCCUGGGACCGUGGAACAUCAUCUUCUUCCUCACAUACGAGCAGCUGAAGAAGCUCAACGUGUGACUGACGGAACGAGACGGGCGAAACGGAGGAGAGCACUUGGUCACGCUCCGGGACGAGCUGAGAGGACCAACAAUCUGGACUGGCUGGAGGGUGGUGGAUCAUUGAUGGAGCCAUGGAACGGGGGGAAGGGGGUUGAUGCAGACCCAUGUCUGAAGGGGCGGCGUGCACUUAUAAGUGCCUUUUUUAGAUUGUGAUACAGGCCGCCUGAGCCCCGAGUCUGCAUAAGGACCGCGAAUGUCGGAUGGUGGCCGACAAUCAUUCCCGUUUUGAAAAGGACGAGUCAGCAAUCUUGGAUUAGGGUGUGGUGUUUUUAUUUUUAAUUUUUCCAUAUUUAGUUGAAUGUGCUGCAAUUAUUUAUUAUUUUAAGAGUCUCCCGAGAGUGCUUGCAGAGUUCAGAGCAAAGAAUGCACAACGCUGUACUGUAAUAAAUAACAGCACGUACACACACACACACACACACACACGCGCACACCCAUUUGUGCCCAUAUGUGGCGAGACUACUGGUCCGUCAUGCAAGCAAGGGCAGACAGUAAAUAUAACUGGGGGGCGUCUGGGGAAUGACUCCCCGGGUUGUUAUGUGUUGCGCUAAGAUAAAACGCCGCCGUUAUGUAAGCCUUCAGUCGAUAUCCCGCGCCGCUUUAGGUUCAGGGCAUCAUUGUUGCUUAAAAGCACCUGAACCACUGCACAUUUAACUCCAGGUAUUAUUAUUUUUUUAUAUACUGCAUUUACUCGCUGAGAGCUUUUGUCGUAAAGGAUGAACACACUGCUGGUUGCUGCGCGCGCCUGUGCUGCCGAUGUGCAAGUUUACUUUUGGUGUCAAGGGCAGUGUUGCCCUGUAUAUUUGAAAUAAAAGGAA